UGUCAGCACAAAGUCUUAAAGGCAGUUCCGGUGUAGUACUUCACAUUCACUUGCUCAGAGCUGGAUUGCUGCGUUUCGCUUCUCAGGCAGGAGUUUUUGGCGAGAGGUAAACAUGUCUGGUCGUGGAAAGCAGGGCGGCAAAGUGCGGGCAAAGGCCAAAUCUCGGUCCUCCCGCGCGGGCCUCCAGUUCCCGGUCGGUCGAGUACACAGACUGCUGCGCAAAGGUAACUAUGCGGAGCGAGUAGGCGCUGGGGCGCCCGUGUACCUGGCGGCGGUGUUGGAGUACUUGACAGCGGAGAUCCUGGAGUUGGCUGGCAAUGCCGCUCGUGACAACAAGAAGACCAGAAUAAUCCCUCGCCACCUGCAACUCGCCAUCCGCAACGACGAGGAGCUAAACAAGCUGUUGGGGAAAGUCACCAUUGCUCAGGGCGGCGUCCUGCCCAACAUCCAGGCCGUGCUGCUGCCCAAGAAGACGGAGAGUCAAAAGGCGAAGAGCAAGUGAUCCUGACGCCACCACAGGGGAGCUGGCUUUCCCAGCAAAGGCUCUUUUCAUAACCGCCCGCAGUAUUUUUCAAUAUACUCGAUGUCAUGGAAGGCUGGCGGGAUUUAGUGGGGAGGUGGGCGGCGAGGGGCCCGCCAAGUCCAGGGCCAAUAAAGUCGGUGAAAAUCGUG